AUGGCUCCUGACACGCGUGCUGACCGCGAGACGCGUCACAACGCGACCGAGCCUGCCACAUCCGCAGGUUCUCACGACACCGUCGGCCGCACCACAACUUCCUUUGGUCCUCCCAAGGAGGUCACCGUCGCCUCCGUCUGGUCUGACAUCUCCCGCAUGUCCUACAUCUCACCUGCUAAUGUCGGGUUUGACCCCACUGCCGCGGUCGCGCCUUACGAGCGCCCCAUGGCACCCACCCCAGGUCCAGGUUUCUCCUUCCCCUGGCCCAGAGUCCUGCUCUCCGACCUCCUGCCCUCAGAUCCGCCUUCCAGCUGCGACUUCGGCACACCAAAGAACUUCGCUCACACCCCAGUCUUCGGUCCAUCGCCGCCAUUCGUGCCAAAGACACGUGGCCGCGCAGCCUUUCAGGCGCGUUGCGAGACCGCCUCGCCUUCCAGCGACACCUGGAGCCGCUUCCUCAGGGACUUUACCACCCCUGAUCUCUGCGAGCAAAGUGCACCCGAGGAAGAUGCACCGCCUAUGGCACCUACCACUAACUCGCCUAUCACACACGAGCCCACCACCAUUGAGCAGGCCUAUGCCAGUGAGCCCGCCACCACUGAGCAAGUCCACAUCAGCGGGACCGCCACCACUGAGCAGGCUUACGCCAGCGACCCCGCCACCACUGAGCAAGUCCACAUCAGCGGGUCCGCCACCACUGAGCAGGCUUACGCCAGCGACCCCGCCACCACCGAGCAGGCUCACGCCAGCGACCCUGCCAUCAUUGAGCAGGCGCACGUCGACGCCUUUACCAAUUGGUCGCUUUACGCCGUCCCCGGUAACCUUUUGGCCGACUUCGUCUCUGGCAUUCUGAAGUUCAGCCAGCUCGACAAGGACGGAAACCCAGUCUUCGUGAAGGACAAUGAUACCGACACUUCAUCCCACCAGCAGUCAUCCAACAGCCACAAGGAUGUCAAUGCUGUUCAUAUUCCCCAGGAGGAAACCCGAAUUUUCGUCUCCAUGGACCAGCUCCGCAAGGAAAUCGCCGAGCUGCAGGAGCACGACGAGGCCAUGGAGCGUGAGGCGGACAAGGCACACCAGGAGAAAGCUAGGCUCGAACUCCAGCUGCAGGAAGUCCGAGGCACCUGCCGCAAGGCCUCGUCGGACAGUGCUAUUGGCUCUGAUUCCGACGAUGAUAUUCGCAGGCGCACCCAGGCAGAGAAGCUCAAGCGCAUGCAGAAGCGACUCGACGAGGCUAACACUCUCGCCAACUCGCAACACGUCCACAUCGACGCCCUCACAGCCGAGCGUGAUGAGCUAAUUAAGGAAUGCCAUCUCGCACACGAGCACAAGAAGGUUCUGAGCGAGCAGAACCAGGAUCUGAUCCAGCAGAUCCAGGCUGUCAGCAAGGAGAACCAAGACAUGAAGUCCCAGAUCCAGGAGGCGGGUCACUACUUCAUCAGUAUUGAGAAUGAGGUCAAGCAACUCAAGAGCGAGAAUGGCCGUCUGCGCCAGCAAGUUGGCCAGCUUUAUCAGCAGAACGACUCCCUGCGCAAGACGCGCAAGUCUCAUUCGGAUCAAAUUAAGAAUUUGCAAACCGAGCUUGAGGCCACCCGUGGCCAACUUGGAGAUACGAUCAAGGACAACCAGCUCCUUCACGACGACAACACACAGGUCCAGGCUCAAUCGGAGAUGAUAGAGAACCUGAAGGCCGAGCUUGAGGAAACUCGUGGUCAGCUCGGCGAGGCCACCAAAGACAUUAAGAUCCUUGUGCGCAAGAACAAAGAGGUCAAGGCUCAAUCAGAGAUGAUAGAGAACCUGGAGGCCGAGCUUGAGGAAACUCGUGGUCAGCUUGGCGAGGCCACCAAAGACAUUAAGAUUCUUGUGCGCAAGAACAAAGAGAUCAAGGCUCAAUCGGAGCACGUGGACAACCUGACGACCAAGCUUGAGGUCACCUAUGGUCAGCUUGACGAAGCUAGCAAGGACAUCGAGGCCCUUGAGCGUGCAAACGAAGAGAUCAAGGCCCAGCGCGAUAAGAUCGAGGGCUCUUACGAAUCUCUGCAGCACGAAUACACCGUCAUUCAUCGCAAGCUGCGCGACAAUGAGUCAACGGUCGGUUCGGUCUCCAGCACGGGCAGCCGGGGUCCCACCCGUCGACCUCGUCCGAUCCAGAUCAUUCGCACUGCGGCACCUACUGCGGCACCCACCACACGCGUUGCACCCACCACACGCGCUGCACCCACCACACGCGCUGCACCCACCACACGCGCUGCACCCACCACACGCGCUGCACCCACCACACGCGCUGCACCCACCGCACGCGCUGCACCCGCCGCACCCACCACACGUGCCUCCAGUGUCGCGUCCAGUCAGGGCUCCGACAAUGAGGAUAACACGAUUCGGCCAGCAUACGAUCUAUUUGAAAACAUGCGCGUCUUGAUCUCGACCAGCGAGAGCGAGUUGGCGGAACUGCAGGCUAGCCGCACAGCCGUAACCGAAGAGUGCAAUGGAAUGCACAAAGGCUACGACCGCCACAUCUGGGAGAAACUUGAGAAGAGGAGGACCGCAUUGGACAAGGCGAUCUGUGCCAAGAACGACAUCAUUUAUCACCAAAUGCGGGUCACGCGGCUUCUUGCGGUCGCCCUAGGCGUCGCUCUGCACGCGGUCGCACGUAAUUUUGAGAUUGACAUGCAUGCUAUUCCCCUUGCAGGUGUCUUCGGCGUGCUUGAGCUGGUCUACUUUUACAUCACCAUCAAAAUCCCGGGUGCUACAGUGUACGAUGCCAUCUUCACGGUAUAUACGCAGACGGCUUGCUUAACGAUAGGCUUUCUAGCCUCGAUGCUUUUGUAUCGAGGCCUCUUCCAUCGGCUGAGGAGGUUCCCUGGCCCGGCGGCUGCUAGGCUCACCAAGUUCUAUGCGGUCUGGAAGUCUUCCCUGGCGAGGCAAUAUCACCUGGAGCUAGGAGCCAUGCAGGCAAAAUACGGUGACGUGGUUCGGACGGGGCCCAGGGAGCUCACCAUCUUCCGCGGUGAAGCUAUCGCGCCGCUCGCAGCUUGCCGCAAGUCAACCUUGUACCAGAUUGAGGAUUGGGACAACGACCGCCUCGGACUCAUAGAGACGCGAGACAUCGAAGACCAUCGGCGGCGCCGACGGCCCUGGGACACGGCACUGAGCACCAAAUCGCUUGCCAAGUACGAUGAAGCCAUGCAGAGGACCGUUGGGCACUGUCUGGAUGGACUUGCUUCACCAGAGACGGAAGACGAUGCCAUUGACAUGACAAGAUGGGUCUCACUGUUCGCGUGGGAUGUAAUGGGAAAUGUUGGCUUUGGGAAGGACUUUGGCCAAGUGUCGAGCGGUGGGUCGGAACACUGGGCUGUGAAGGCGAUGAAAGUGCAGGCGAAGUUUGUGGCUUAUGUCAAACCGGUCCCAUGGGUCAUGAAUGCGGCGUCCAACAUACCUUACGCAGACGGAGCAGUAAGGCCGUUCCGGGACUACUGCAGCAGUCUGGUGGAUGAGAGGAUCAGCACCGAGCCGGAUGACAAGGAGAUGCCGUCCAACAUUGUGUCUUGGAUACUCCGCGAGUACAGGAAGAAGACGCCGCAUGCACCCAAGACAAGGAAUGCGCUGAAUUCAGACGCCCGAACCAUUGCUACGGCUGGCGCUUGCUUCAGCGACACCACUUCGAACACGCUCACCAGCGCGCUGUUCUACCUGGCCCGCAACCCGAGCUUCUACACACGCCUACAGUCCGAGGUGUCCCAGGUCUUUCCAGACGGUCCGGAGACAUUCAGCUACCAUGUGCUGUCCAAGAACCUCUCUGCUAUCCCAAUGCUCGAUGCGAUCAUCAACGAGACACUGCGCCUCAGACCAGCCGUGCCCUCGGGAAACCCUCGGGUCACACCUCCGGAGGGGCUGACCAUCCCUCUUGUUGACAAGAAUGGCAAGACCGAGGACCUCUUCAUACCCGGAGACGUUGAUGUCUACGUGCCGCCAUAUUGGGUACACCGCGACCCACACUAUUUCCCUGAUCCCGAGGCUUUCCUCCCCGACCGCUGGCUUGGUGUGACGGCCGACAAACUGGCGACCGAGGGGUCUGGCACUCGAGGCACAACGGAGCAGGGCAAGAGCUACACGAUUGGGCCCGGGGAGAUGGAAAUGUUCUUCCCGUUUCAGGUGGGGCAGUUUGCCUGCCCGGGGAAAAACCUGGCCAUGUGGGAGAUGAGGAGCUUCCUCACGAGGCUGGCCCUGAGGUUCGACUUCGACUUCGCUGGACCGAGUGCGAAGGAUGCGGGCGCAGCGUUUGAACACGGAAUGAGGGACACCUUCACCUCCCGCACGCAAGCAAGGCAAGGCAGGGAAGCAAUCAUGGCCGACGUGGAGAUGGAUGUCGACGAGCCCGGCUCGCCCCAGCCCGCCCAGGCAAAGGUCGACGACAUGGUGACGCACUCCAAGGCCACCGCCGUGCGCUCCAUAGAGGGCUGGAUCAUCGUCGUGACAAACCUGCACGAGGAGGUGGACGAGGAGACAAUCCACGACACCUUUGGCGAGUACGGCGAGAUCAAGAACCUGCACCUCAACCUCGACCGCCGGAGCGGCUACGUCAAGGGCUACGCGCUGAUCGAAUACCCCACGCUCGCCGAGGCCCGCGCCGCCAUCGACGGCGCCCACCAGACCAAGCUGCUCGACCAGACCAUCCAGGUCGACUUCGCCUUCGUGCGGCCCCCUCCCAACGCCGGCGGCAAGAACAACCGCGGCGGCGCGGGCGGGCGCGUCGGAGGAGGCGGAGGCGGGGGAGGGCGGCGCAACCGCAGCCGGAGUAGGAGCCCCGGGGCAGGACGGGACCGGGACCGCGACGCGAGGGACGACAAGGACGACAUCUAG